CUCGUGUCUCCGGAGAAAAGUUAAAUCGUUCUACUAAGCCCACGGACUAUCGCAGCACAUCGCGGUUGGCACAUCAAACCAAAACGUAUGGAAGCAAGAAGCAAAAUUUAAAUAAAACUUGUUUUCAGGAGAGAUUGGGUGUGUUUUGGUUUUGCGCAAGGCAAUCGAAGGUGGUCCGCAGCUGAUGUGCAUCAAGUGAACGUGGCUUAUCGUGGAAAAAUAUCAACGAUUUCGAGCCCUUUACCUAGUUUACGUUUUGGUGACAAUUUCAGGUGCAACAACUGUGCAGCAGCAAAUAGUGUGAUUGUGUGUUCAUAAGUGGAAAGUGCAACCAAGUGUACCCUCAGUGCAAGUGCAGUAAGUGGUGCGAGGAGAGGUUUUCCAACAGCGAGGUGGUGCACCAACCGAACGAAAUCGGUGUUUUGCAUGCACUUCCAAUCGUCCGAGUGCACUUCGAUUAUUCCUUGACCUUUGCUGCCUAGGCGCGCUUUGUGUAGUGACCGGUUUCUCGUUUACCCGUGGAAAGCCAGUUCGCGGCGCAAUGGAGGAGAAAAGCCUACUGCUGAACGUGCACAGCAACCUGGAACCGCCGAAACCGGACGGAAGCACCUAUCUGAUGCGCGGCAACUAUCACUACUACCAUUACGGCUGCGAUGGAUUUCAGGACAUGGGCUGGGGUUGCGGCUACCGCACGCUGCAGUCGAUCUGUUCGUGGAUCCUCCAGAACGGCGUCAGCCCGAAGGUGGCGGCAGAUGGGACUGCGGGCAGCAGCGACGUGCCAAACAUUCCCACCAUCCAGCAGACGCUGGUCGAGAUCAAGGACAAGCCGGAGCGGUUCUUCGGGUCGCGCGAGUGGAUCGGUACGCUCGAGGCGAUCUACGUGAUCGACACGCUGUACGACGUGUCCUGUCGGGUGCUGCACGUGGGCCGCAGCGACAGCAUCGCCAAGCAUGCCGACACGCUGCGCGACUACUUCGAGCAGUACGGCGGGCUGAUCAUGAUGGGCGGCGAUCUGGACGCCGCGGCCAAGGGCAUCGCCGGGAUCCACGUGAGCGCGGACCAGGCCGACGUGUACCUGCUGGUGGUCGAUCCGCACUACGUCGGGAAGAUCCGCACCAAGGAGGAGCUGUACACGAAGCAAUACGUCAUGUGGCAGAAGGUGGACGACUUCGUCGAUAGUUCGUUUUACAACCUCUGCCUGCCGAUGGUCAAGAGCCGGGAGCUGGCGGCGUAGAUAACCCCUCCCUCACACCAGCAGCCGUUCACAUUCGCUUCCAGUAUCAUAUCAUCCGUGACAUGGGAAUGAAAGGAGUCUUUAUUUUAAACCGUAUUUAAUCGACCCUGGUUUUGGUUGCCUCCAGUGUAGAGCAUCCUGAUAUUUACCAUUCGAGGACUUGUCGACGCUCUUAUAUCCAGCGUAUUGAACGCCUCCAUGGCAGACUCCGCGAAUCGAUUUCGAAUUGAUCAAGUUAGGCAAAACAGAAAUUACAUUUCGAAAAAAGAAAGUGUAUUUAUAAGGAAACAGUUCACCCAAAAAGCAACGCAGCAAGACGAUGAAAGGAAAGGAUAUAACGAAAAGAGAUUUUAUUUAAUAUUUUUUAUCAUUGAUGAAAAGCAACGCGUUGUUGAAACCUCAUAAGCGGGUUGUUUUCGUACGUCGUCUUACCAAAUAAUGCAGCACAACAUCUACGAAGGUCGCCAAACGAAAAAGCAAAGUCCUUUGCAUCACAACACAUUCACAUUCACACUUAGAUAUUGUAGUAAAAAUGUAUUCCUCACCUUUCUCACACACGAUCGAUCGAAAAUCCCCUCCUUACCAACAGGGACCAACGAUGCAAGGGUGAAGGAAACACAGAGCAGAAAUGGACAAAGGACCGACGAUUGUUGCCAUUAAUGUGUACGAAACAUUUAACUGUAUCCUCUCGAAAUGUAGCGUAAAAGAUUAGUGCGUUAAAAUGUGAACGUGUCAUACAACAGCCAACAAACGAACUCGUACAUGCGACAAACUUACCUACUCUUCUCUCCAGUUGUGAUCCAGCUGUGUGGUGUCAAUCGUUUUUAAAAGAGAGCAAAACUAUAGUUAGAGGAUCUCCUCCCCUGGUAACGUGUCCUGGGCAGAUGGUUCUGCGCUACCCGGAACGAAACGCCACUGCCAUAAAGUCUUUGCCCUUCUAUUCGAAUUGGCACAAAACUACCAAAAUGAACCAAGGGAAGCUAGGGUUAAAUGAUACCUUCUCACAUCGACUAAAUGUGUAGGUGUGCGUUUGUGUGUUUGUAUAACUGUGUACUAAUUUAAAGCAAGUUAAUUAGAAAAAAACAUUGGCAGCCAGGCUCAAACUAGGGAAAACGAAACAUAGUGAACUUAACUUACAACUGUAGAGAGCUUGUGAAAAAUUGUGACACUACUAUUGGAUGUAGAGGAAAAAUCCACCCCCACGACACUGUAUUAGAUAGAAUUACCGCCCUUCCAAGAGUAGUAGUCGGGAUUGUCUAGUGGACGUAACCGGUUCAUUGUUCGAUUGUGUUGUAACGUCUAGCGAAACGUCAAACGAGAGUUUUUAUUUUAUUUUACAACCCGUAUUCGAAAAUGUACCAAAACGAGCGCCGUCAGUGAGUGUAGCUAAUUUAUCUAUUUACGUUGUUAUGUAUUUAUAGAUUUUAAGUGCCGUUUGGACAGUGGAAAAUGAUGAAAAAUAAAUA